AUGCAGGAGAUUGAUCCGGAGUUCUUCCCCGGACUCCGUGCCCAGCCAUGGUGGGAGGUCGAUGAGAUCGACAACAAGGAGUGGGUGGACCUGGUCGUCGCCGGUUUGCCGUACGUGUGGGACCUGGUGAAGUUGAGACAGUUCAUAUGA